GUUAGGCAAAAACAACCCCAAAACUUGAGAUGAAGAAUUAAUGUAGUGCUAGUAAAUAAAAGAGAUUCUCAGACUAAAGAGAAGACGGAGCACUCAUUUAUUGUAGAAUCAAACAUUCAUUCAAUUUUAUACUGCUGACCUCUUAGUAUGCAAUUCAAGUCUACCCCACCACCACUUCCCCCUUAUUUCUCUGCAUGCAUAUGUGCUUGGAGGAAUACUAUUGAUGAAUUUGCAGAUAAAUCUUAUCAUUGUAUUAAAUGCGACCACAGCCGGCUUUGAACUCGCUGAGCUCUCCCUCUUUUUCAGCUGUAGCUACAGUUUUAGCAUGAUCUACUGUGUGUGUGUGUUUAUGUAGGAGAGGUCUUUUCACUUUCCUUCUCUUCUUUCGUGUAGCAUUCAUUCACUUCUUCCUCAUCCCAUGGUUUAUUUUUUUAUGCACCAAAGCUUGAGCUUUUGAUCUUGUGCUCCGCUGCUGAUCGUUCCUUCAUUCAUUCGAGAAGAUCAGAAACUCAAGGGCGCAGAGUCAUAAGAGAAAGAUUUGAUCAGGAAGAAUAAAGUACAGAAGUAAAGUAUGGGGAGAGCACCCUGUUGUGAUAAGAAGAUGGGGCUGAAGAAAGGGCCAUGGACUCCGGAGGAAGAUGAGAAGCUUAUCGAGUACAUCAAUAAGAAUGGUCAUGGCAGCUGGCGCUCUCUUCCCAGGAAUGCAGGUCUUCUCCGUUGCGGCAAGAGUUGCCGGUUGCGGUGGACAAACUAUCUUCGGCCAGACAUCAAGCGUGGCCCCUUUAGCCCCGAUGAGGAGAAGCUUGUCAUACAGUUACAUGGCAUCCUUGGCAAUAGGUGGGCUGCCAUUGCUUCUCAAUUACCCGGGCGGACAGACAAUGAGAUCAAGAACUUGUGGAAUACCCAUCUAAAGAAGCGCCUAAUUUGCCUUGGCAUUGAUCCUCAGACUCACGAGCCCUGUUCUAAUCUAAGUGGCCUGCUGCAAAGACUUCCUGCAUCCCCUUCCACCCGUCACAUGGCACAAUGGGAGAGUGCAAGGCUCGAAGCUGAGGCACGCCUUUCAAAGGAGUCGCUGCUCUUCGUACCAUCAUCCACAGGGAAGUCUGAUUCUGACCAUAUAUUACGAAUAUGGAAUUCUGAGGUAGGAGAAGCAUUUCGCAAUUUCAAUAAAAGUCAGAAAAUAGCAUGUGAAAGUUCAAUUUCUCAAGCAUCUUCAUCGACUAAGUGUGGAUCAGCAGCUUCAGGCACCAUAGCAGAAAGAAGCCUGUGCUUAGCUGGUCCCUCGGUUGCUGGAGUAAACCAAAUUGAAGAUACAAAAUGCCAGAGUAGCAGGUCAGCUUUUGAAGAUAUUCCUCCUCGAUCAGAUUCUGCUAGCUCAAAUGACUUGGAGGAUUCAUCUGAAUCAACGUUACAGCUGCUUCUGGAUUUCCCUGGCACCAAUGACAUGAGCUUCUUAGCAACCACUGAUGACUACAUGAUGUAUUCUGCCAAUAAUGAGUUAAACCUCCUUUAGUUAGUUACUGUCUUUUUCUAAGACUGCAGAUUGGUAUUCCUGGAUUUUCGGUUGGUUUCAGACCUCUGUACUUAACGUUUGAGCUGGUUUCUUUUAGCAUCUCCAGCUGUGAAAGCAGGGUACAAGCCACCAUAUGUAUGGUAUUUUAGGCUUCGUGGCACGGCCAACUGAUGCAGGGAUAUUGCGAAGAGUUGCAUAUCCCGUUUAUAACAGCAAACGGAACGUAGUAGGCUUUAUUUAGUAUAUAUGGUAAACAACUACUGAUCUGUGUGCAAAUAUGAUUUUAGCUGCAAAAAUUGCCUGUUGUAACUGUCUCACUUGGUUGAUUGUGCCUUUUGUGCAAGACUUUC